AUGUCUUCGCCAGUCAACCCCAGCAUCAUAUUCUACACCACCCAAACUCCCAAUGGGAACACAGCCUUAAUCUUACUGGAGGAGCUUAGUAUUUCCUACCAUGUGCACAAGCACGACUUCAGCGCACGCACCCACAACGAACUAUGGUAUCUGAAGAUUAACCCAAACAGCAAGAUCCCCGCCAUCACAGAUACCUUCAGUGAUGGUGUCCUCAAAUACCUUGUGGAGCGGUACAAUCCGGGGUACCGGCUUUGGUACCCGUACGGUAUCCGAGAGAACUAUAAGCUCUUCAGCGGGCGGAUUCCGUAUGCACUGGACCGAUACCAUAACGAAUCCCGCCGACUGUAUUCUGGUUUUAUUGUCGGGGACAAGUGCACGAUUGUAGCUAUUGCAUUGUGGAGCAUUGCAGCCACCACUCCGUGGGCUGGGGUCGACUUAAGCGAAUUUCCUGCCGUGCAGGAAUGGUAUGAAUGGAUCUUGCAGCGGCCCAGUGCCGUUAGGGAAAUGAAUAUGCCAGAGCCCCAUGGAGCCAUUGCGCUGGAAGGUGAUCAGACUGGGAUCAAGAUCCGAGGGUUUGAGGAGUUCCAUCGCCCGUGGGUGAUGGAUGGGAUGAAGGAGGAUGCGAAGACAUUGGAUGCAGCAAAGGAGAAUUAG